UAGCGAUUCUGGAUUCAUAAACUGGCUGUGACGUGUCAUACUUCAGAGCUUUUACCGUCUGCUGCCGCUAAUACGCGGAGAGGAUCGCCCUUGUUGGGACAUCGGAAGCACAAAAUAGUAGCAUGCAUUUCUGUUGUUCGCGCAGGAUGGCAUUGUUUUUCUGUCACCUUGUCGUUACGCUAUUCGCAGCAUCUUCGGCUAAUCUCGAAACAUCUACCAAGUGUCUUGCAGACUGGAAAGAAUGCCCGACGGAAAAGUCUGGGUACUAUUACGAUAAUAAUACAGACAAAUGCGUGUUUUAUAAUGAAAGUAGGACGUGUGGCCCGCAACGCCACUUAUUCCCAUCUGAGGAACAGUGCAACUGGGGAUGCCGAACAGACACUAUCUGCAAGCUUCCGUUAGAUGAAGGAAGUGAGUGUGGACAAUCUGGCGAGUUGAUGUAUUACUACGAUGACACCAAAAAGGAGUGUGACCUUUUUUUUUACAAGGGUUGCGAAGGCAAUGCAAACAGAUUUGUCUCCGUGCGAGAGUGCGAGGUAAUAUGCAGAGGCCAGCGGUGUGACCUUCCGAUCAAAGACGACGAUGGUAUUUGCAAUCCUAAACGAACUACGUACCACUUCCGAGGUAAAGAUGGCGCCAGUUCCUGCGUAAAGAAGACCAACGGAUGCGACCGGAGUGCUCAGAACUUCAAAAAGGAGAGCGAUUGUCGCCGCGUAUGCAUUUUGAGACCAUAGCCUCUCUCAAGUGCGAAGAAGGAUACAACAAGACAACUCCGCUAAGAAACGUGGUGCGCAGGCCAAGAAAGCAAUCUGUCCAAUAAACUACAAGUAUCCAAGAAACUAACGAUAAAGUAAACUAUUUAUUUUACUC